UCUGACCGUAAUGGAUUAUUGCAUGAUGUCACUGAAAUUCUGUCUGAUCUUGAACUUUCGAUUCAAAGGGUGAAAGUGACAACAACACCAUAUGACAGGGUCUUGGACCUGUUCUUCAUAACAGAUAACAUGGAUCUUCUGCACACAAAGGAGCGGCAAGAUAAGACAUUGAAACAGUUGCAAGCCGUAUUGGGUGAGUCGUGUACCAGUUGCGAACUUCAGUUGGUAGGUCCUGAGUAUGAUCCCCACCAUGGCAUUCCUUCUCUGUCUCCAUUAGUAGCUGAAGAGCUAUUUAGGUGUGAGCUGUUGGAUAAAGAAAUCCGUUCUCAAGCUCUUAGUCCUGAUAUGACGAAAUUGAAGAACGCUAAUGUAACACUAGGCAACUCAUUGAGCCCAGCACAUACAUUACUUCAGAUCCACUGUGCUGAUCACAAGGGUCUCUUGUAUGACAUUAUGAGAACUUUGAAAGACAGCAACAUCAAGGUUCUUACUGAGGGUAAACAAAAGGAUGUACUUAAAGCUGCUGGUGCAUUGUUUUCACAUAUUUUUGAGGUUUAGGCAAGGUUAAUGUGCAUCACAUUUAUGGACAA